AGCCAUCAGACCUGAAAAAAAAAGAUGCUCUGAUUAAAAAAGCAAUCAUAGAUGACUUAAAUACUACUGAGAAUCCUCUGUGGAUUGAACAGAAACUAAAAUUAUAUGAAGAACAAGAAUUGACCAUGCAGGUGUUUUGUGAGCCUGAUCACAGUGCAGAUGCUGAAUGCAGAGACAGUGCUGACUUUUCUCAUGUUGACAAUACGUAUGCGACAAUACAACAUCCCAAUAGAAGAGGUUCGAAUGAUGCUGCUGAUGAUGGUGGGAACUAUGCAACAUUAAGAGGGACUGACAACCAUGGAAAUCACAGAGAUAUGUAUGAAGCUGCUCUUGGUUUCCAAGGUUCAACAUUUCAAGUUCCUGACCAACUGCCUGCUCUCCCUCCAUUACCUGGUUCGGCAGCGGGCAGUGUACGGGUUAACCACCACCACCACCAUCACCACAGUCAGCCACAUUAUGUUGCAGAGCUUAUAUGAACAAUAAGUUGUUUUUUUAGUGCUAAGUGCAUUUGUUGUUGGGCUGGUCCAGGACAUUUUUUCUUGGUCCAGUAUUCAAAUUGUUCCUGUUUUUUGUUAGCAAUUUGAGACUUUAUUUAAAAGCAUGUUACUUAAUGGCCAUGAUUGAUUCUGUGACUGACUGAAGAAUCAUGAAAGACUUCUUUAUUGUUUCUUUGUUCCGUCCUGUAAUUCUGUCCAAAAUGGCUGCUUUACAGUCCAGUCUGUCUCUUUAUGUGCCAAUCAGCAUUGUGUCAUAAAGAUAACUGUGUCAAAAAGUGGUUGUGUUCAGUGUUGUUUUUUUAUAGAUAAUAUUUCUGUCAUGUUGAAUAGUUAUCAGAAAAAGUAGUUGUUGUAAGUCAUGACCAAGCUUUAUUCAGUGAACAUUUAUUUGUUCUGAGAUCAGAAGAACAAACCUCUUGUGAUAUCAUUUGGAUGUUUUGUACUAUCUUAAUUUGAAAGUGGUUUUUGUACCCUGUAUUGUAUAUAAAAAGAUGUCCCUCUGUACCUUCAGAACAAGCAUCACAUUUCAAUCAAAUGCUGUGCAUUUGUUUGUUUAUAGUAUUUCAUUAAGGCUAUUUGUAAUAUUUUUAACAAUUUAUGAUCAACUAUUGGUCAAAUAUAUGUGAUGUAUGCCAUGCCUGCUUUUUUAAAAAAAAGUGGCUAAGUAUGGAUUUUUGUUAAUAUUUCAAUACCUUAUUUGGGAGGAAGUAAUUACUCUGUACCAUUGCAUGUACAUGCAUACCAUGAUUAUUUGGAGAAAAGACUGACAAGUGUGGGUGAAAGCAGUUGAUUCACAUGAAGUUCUUUAUGUAGCAUAUGUCAUCAAUAAUUUAUGCGAGUUAUUAUAGAAUUGUGAUGACUGUGUUUUAUACACAUCGAUAUUAUUUACACUUUGAUGUACAAAGGUGUAAUGGAACAUCACAUCAAAUGUGUGCCGAUUUGCUGCUCAGAAAUUAAUAAGCAUAAGACCUAGAUAGUUUUAUAAUUGUUUUGAAUUUUAUUUUGUGUACAUAAUGUAAGUGAAUACUACAUGUCCAGUUACCCAUUGCUCUAAUAGUCACAGAAGUGAUGGGGUCUACGAAUGUGACAUUCCAAUUCAUUCUGUAAUGAAAGUCAUAAUUUUGCACUCCUUUAUUUCUAGUGUUCAUAAUGUUCAGAAGAUCUUUCAAGCCACACGUAAUAAAUGCUCAAUGCCAUGAUAACAUGUUAAAUUUCAUUCCAAUCUUUGCAAGGCUAUUGAAUUUAGUUUAAUGGCUGUGGAAAAAUUGCAACACUAGUAUGUUAGCAGGCCGGUUCCAUAGAGCGGUGCAUGUGGCACAGCCUUAAUGUCUUGUGAUACUGAAGAAUUCAAAAUAUGUGUACAGUAUUUGUUUUCCAGUAAUUAUUUUGUUGACUCGAGUCGAUUCUUUUGUAAAGUCGUCAAUUGCCAUGACUUUCAAUUGAUGACUUUAUUAUUGCUACUAUUAUUGUUGUUGUGCAAAAUAUACAUUUUGUGUACUACGCAUUUUUAA